ACCCAUCCAUGAGCUCCAGAUUUAGAUGCUAUCCAUACUACCUAUUUUUCUCUGAAAGCCAACCUCAAAAAGCUCUCAAAACUCUUUCCUUCUUGCAUCGACAAUGGGUCCAGGCGGACCAGGAGGACCAGGAGGUCCGGGCGGACCAGGGUUUGGGUUUGGUCCUGGACCGGGAGGCCCUGGAAUGGGUUGGGGUCCUGGCCCUGGAGGCCCCGGAAUGGGUUGGGGUCCUGGCCCAGGAGGCCCGGGAGGCCCCGGAAUGGGUUGGGGUCCUGGUUUCUGGGGACCUGGUGGCUUCUUUGGAGGCUUUGCUAAUGGUAUAUGCAAUAUGAUAACCUCUUGCUUGUCUUGCCUUUGCUGUUGCUGGUUGCUGCAGGAUUGUUUUGGCAGGCCUUAUGGGCCUCCUGGUGGGCCCCCACCUUACUGAUCAAAACAUGAGAGUGAUCUAUGGUUAGAAUUGUCUCAUCGGAUCCUGAGUUUUUAUCUAAUAUAUGUUCUUGUAUUCUAUGGUUUGUUCCUAAGAUAGAUUGAUGAAUUCCGUGUUCUUCUAUUAUGUGGUUUGUUUAACUUGGUUGCUAUUGUUACUCUCA